UUUGCUUUCGUCGCAGCUCUCAUGUAUGCCAGUAUAUUUGGAAACGUGUCUGCCAUUAUCCAACGGCUGUAUUCAGGUACAACCCGCUACCACACUCAGAUGCUGCGGGUCAAAGAAUUUAUCCGAUUCCAUCAAAUCCCAGGCAACUUGCGCCAAAGGCUAGAGGAGUACUUCCAGCACGCGUGGUCAUACACAAACGGCAUCGACAUGAAUGCUGUGUUAAAAGGAUUUCCGGAAUCACUGCAGGCGGACAUCUGUUUACACUUGAACAGGUGUCUGUUACAGAACUGUAAGGCCUUCUGUGGAGGCAGUCAGGCCUGUCUGCGUGCAUUGGCUAUGAGGUUUCGAACGGUCCAUGCACCGCCAGGCGAUACUUUAAUCCACUACGGAGACAUUCUGGACUCUCUCUUCUUCAUCUCCCGUGGUUCCAUCCAGAUCAUUAGGGAUGAUGUGGUGGUAGCCAUAUUAGAAAAGAAUGACAUCUUUGGCGAGCCCAUUCACCUGUAUGACGAGCCAGGGAAGUCCAAUUCCGACGUGCACACGAGCGCUUACUGUGAUCUCCAUCGCAUCCAGAGGGAUGACCUCCUGGAGGUCCUAGACAUGUACCCUAGCUUCGCCGACAACUUCUGGAGGAACCUGGAAAUAACCUUUGACCUGAGAGAUGUAAGUUUAUUGGCUUGA